UCCAAAAAAAAUUCACAAAUUUUACAAAAAUUUGAAAUUAAUUAAAACGCGCAGAAACUCGUAACAGAACAAAAAAUACAACAACAUAAUGCACAACAACAAAAAAUAAUAAGCGUAAAUGCGAAAACUUGGUCAAGUGAACGGCAAGGAAUUUAUGGGCAGCGCCAGCAAACAUAAUUAAGCACAAAUCAGACACAAAAAAUAAAAGUAAAAUUAAAAUUAUAAAAAAACAGCACACGCAAAGCGCAAAAAGCUGCAUAAAUUUCAAAUCAGUCAGUUAGUCAGUUAAUCACUCAAUCAGUCAGCAGACACUAGCAUACAGAGCAGCGAUAAAAAGCCACGAAAUUUGUACAAUACAUUGCGCAAACACACUGCAGCCAUAUUUAUGCCAAACAAUUAAACAUUUUAAAGUGCUUAAACACAACAACAACAACAAAACCAUUAGAAAAUAAAGCUUCAAAAACGGUAUUUUUAAAAACAUUUACGUUAAAUAUAAAAUUAAAAAAUAAACACCAAAACGUAAAACAACGAAAUUGUGCCACAAACAAAAACAACAAUAAUUCAGCCGUAAAACGUUGGAAAUUGUGUGCAAAAUCGCACAGCGCAUCCGCGAUACUCAGCUGCUUGGUACGCCAACAGAAUUUCGAACGCGACUCCAAGUGCUUUAUGUGUGACACACUGCGAAAUCCGCCAAAUAAACAAAUCACAACAAGACGUACAUUGCGAAAAAACGCAAAAAAGCAACACAAAAACAACAACCAAACACUUAAGUUCGUCUUUAAAGUCGCGUUGAAACAUCUUCGACUGAUGGCGACUUUCCACAUAAAAAUUUUCUCGCCAAAUAAAUAAGCCAGCGACUUGGCACUAACUGCAUUUUGGAAACCACAAACAACGGCGCUGCACAAAAAAAAAAAAAAUUAGCAAAAAAGAACAUCAACAACAAAAAAUUAAAAACAAACAAAAAUAAAAUUACAGCAAAAAAUAAAAAUAAACUGUAAAAAACACAAACCAGCCAAAAGCAUCUUCUUCGGAAUUUCAAACACAAUAAAUUUGGGAUUAACCAGCUGCAUUAAUCGGCAGCGGCGGCGUCAACGGAAAUCGCUGGUUCAAUGUUGCGUCUGCAUUUUGUUGGUAAGUGCCCAUAAACAACACUAAGCAGUAAACAGCCUUCAAGCGGUCCAGCGCCAAUUGCAAACAUUUACAGUUUUUCGCCAUUACAUUGCCAGCCGCCAGCAACAUUUCACACGCAACUUUACUCUCGUUCCACCACACGCUUCUACCCACAGGUUGGCAGCGCGCUGCAUAAUGCAUUGGCUCGCUAAAAGAAACUGUAAUACCACCAAACUUUGUACCGUUGUUGUAGCGGUAUUACCAUUAUGAAUCACCGCGUGACGUGCACGUGAAUCAUAAAGGGCGAAAAGCAUUUCGGUGGUAUUUUAUUCUCCUUUCGUGGUUGUCUCAUUUGAAUACCAAAUUUUGCGUGGAACUAAAGUGCAGAAGCAGCAGCAGCAAUCAAAGCAGCUGCUAAGAGUGGAAAGGAAGGAGGAAGUGAUCUUCGGAACGACGCGCAAGAUUUUGCGUGGUCAAUAGCGGAAAAUAUUGUCUGGGAGACGCGCAACAUUAAGUCAAGUGCAUAAGCAGCAGGGCGCUGGUGAAUUCUUAUCGUGAGAACGUUAUGGCAUCACAUUUGAGUUGGCUCGUCAAAUUACUCUUCCUACUACUGAUGUUGGCGCGAGCACCGACGAUCGACACGCGGCCCGCCAGCGCACCACCAACAGUCGAUCUCAUUGCGGGGAAUGAGUUUCUCAAGUUGCUUUUCGAACGUGAUGAAUCGCAGCGCGAACUGCACAGCGGUGAGCACGACGAUGCCAACGAACGUGUGGUGCGCGGACUGCAGGCACGUAGCGACAGCAGAGGGGCUGUUGGCGAAAGGCGAGUGACGCGCGCCGAUCAUUACCAAUCGACAGGCGAUGCCACCACGCAGUCAAGUGAUUUGGGUAAUAGAGGCGCGGCGGCGCGUAGUCUUAGUUAUAAGAGUCGUAAUGUGCAGAACGAAGCGACAGCGACGACGACGGCGAAGACAACGCUAGCGAGCGAGGAGGGCAAACAAGUGGUGAAGUUGGUGACAUCAGGUAGUAAAAUUGUGUUCCUCGAAGAAUACGACGACAAUGACGCCAUUGUGGAUGCAGUGGCGCGUGACAUUGAUCUAAAAAAAGAAACAACACAAACACACAGUAAACAGACAUCAAAGCCAAUAGCGACGGAACAAGUGCCCAUGCAUGUUGAAGCAAAUCCUAGCGAUGAAGUCAAGGUAGUGGCGGUGAGUGUGUCAUCAUCGAGCAAACGUGGUGGCCAAAGUCGCACAACAACAACAAACAAUCAAUAUCACAUAGCUGACACAGUUAUGUCAAAACAGAGCAAUAUAUUCACCGAGACACGUGCGCCAAUGCCACACACAGACAACAUGCGACAGCCGCACAAGCAAACACCACAUGACAACAGCGCUGACAAAAACCAGAGCGCCGACAACAUGUCCGCCAUGACGGCAACAGCGACAACAACAGCGCCAACUGCGCCGAUGACUGCAUCGGCGGCUACCUCAACGAUGGACGACUUUGUGAAUCGCUCACACAAAAGUGAAUUCUCCAUUGAGGAAGCCGAACCGUUGACAAUGUCGCCACAAAAAUUGCGCGGCGCACCGCAUGCAGCACGCGCGAAUAGUCCACGCUCACUGCACACGCCACAUGCCGUGAGUGGACGUGCCGUUAAAAUGGCUGCCAACCUGGAUGUGGUCGACUCGGAGAAUAGCGCUUCGACCAAUAUACAAAACGUAUUGGCAGCGCCACUGACGCAGUCCGCUUCCACACGCACCGCUACUGUCACCGCACCAGCUGCAUAUCAGAGUGGCGCGAACAAACGUAAUGGCACGUCCGCGCCCAUAAAUCACAGCCUGGCAAAUGCAGCGCGCUCACAUGUCAACACGCAAAUUAGCGGUGCUGAUGACAUGAGCGUUGGCGUUAUGCGCGACACGUCCGCAGCGGUGGCGCAAGUUGAUGCCGUCAACGCUGAUAUGGAUGAGAAAUUGUUGCCCUUCCAAACGGUGAUCUAUCACAAUACCAAGGAAGGACAUGGCCCGCAGUCCCGCUCAAUAUCGUAUAGUUCGUUGUCACAGAAUGUGGAAGAUUUGCAUGCGUGGCGACACUCGGGCAUUUUGGCCGAAGCGCAGCGCAAUGUUAGCGAGAGUUUAAAACCCUUACAACGUGCACAAUUGGCGCACAAUUCAGAGCCGGCAAAGUUUUAUUCGGUGCCAUCGAAAAUGUACAGCGAACCGUCGAAGUUUUACUCCGAACCAGCUAAAGUAUAUUCGGAGCCGUCUAAAGUUUACGGCGAGCCCGAAAAGUUUUAUUCCGAACCCGCUAAGGUAUAUGGACAACCAUCGAAGUUUUAUUCCGAACCAGCAAAGGUAUACUCACAGCCUGCCAAAGUCUAUGGUGAACCGGCGAAAACUUAUUGGUCGCCAAGCGCCGCUGGUGUCGCCGUAACGGCUUCACCGUCUACGUCAAGCUCCACAAGCAGCACAACUACAACCUCAACCACGACUACACGCCCUGGGCGUUAUAUGCCCUCACGCCGACCCGCCAUUGUGUCACGCAUCGCUUUCGGUGAGGCGCAAACCUCAACAACAACGCCGCCACAGCUUUCAGAUGAACACCCACCAGUCACAAUAUCGUCAAUAUCCACUAACCAGCAUCAACAGCCACACCACACGCAUCACACACGUUUCCACUCGCAUGCGCAUAGCCAUAGUCACAACAGUCACGGUGCGCAUAGUUCGCAUAGUGCACAUGAUUCACAUAGUUCGGUGCAUGCACACGCGCAUACUCAAGCCAACAGUCAGUCCAACGUCGAAACAGCCGCGCAACCUGCUCAAUCGCAAUCACUAUCACAGUCACAUGCGGCACAAUCGCAACCACGUCGGGUACUCUUCAACUUGGAUAAAUUGCCGUAUGAUUUAUUGAAUGCGCCGCAAUCACCGCAACAUCUCUUGGAUCCCGACUUCUCGCACAGUCCACCGGCGGCUGUUACCUACUCAUCGCCACGGCAACGCCAAUGCUUGGAGUCCGCCUUCUCGGCGUCGUUGUCUCAAUCAGCCUUGCAACAGCAACAGCAGCAGCAACGUCAAUAUUCGUCAUUGUCGGACCAACAUUCUAAUCAAAAUGCCAAAGGAUUGCCUAAUCGAGAUCUAGUCAAGUGUGUUUCCAAAUACAACCAACCAUUAGCCCCAUCAACGGCGACAACAGAGAGCAGCCACAAUGGCGACGACGACAAUAACGAUAACGACGACAGCGGCGGCGGCGGCGGCUUGUAUACGCCGACCCCAGAGCAAAAUUACGAAAUUGAAGAGUCCGUAAGUGUUAUGACAAACGGACGAGCCCACGGUAUACAAGGCAAUGCGGCGGUGACUACAACGGCCAGACCAUCAUUUGCACUGCGCACCACGAAAUUCCCCAGUCGGGGUGCGAUACACCAUCAACAACAACAGCACCAACAACAACAUUACUAUCACGGCAACGCCAACACAAAUGCCAAUAUAGACAACAACUAUGAUGAUAAUGUGGCGCAGGUUGGUGGUUUGGAUGGCGGCAGCGAUGACGAUGGCAUUGCUGGGGAUGGCAGUAAAACCGGCGACGGCGGCGACGACGACGAUGCCAAGGUGGCGUAUGUGGUCGAGGGACGCAACUAUCGCAAGUAUCGCGUAGAGGAGAAGACCGACGACGGUUUCAUUGUUGGCGAGUACGGUGUGGUGGACCAUAAUGAUGGUAAUUUACGUGGCGUACGUUACACCGCCGAUUCCACCAUCAAUCGCAGUCUGAUACACAAGGCGUUGUUGACAUUUCUUAAGCUCAAGUAGUCAAAUGCACAGCGUAAGGUGAUGGUGGCGGCAUAGCGCUGUCAUUGCGUACGGCAUAUGGCGGCAUAAGUGCAUACUCGAUUAUAAGGUGGCUGGUGGUGCGUAAAACGUAUAGCGGUGGGCGGCAAUGUGUGGUGCAUACGCGCAGACGCACACAUCAGCGCAAGCGUCUGCAAGCACAUCUCUCUCGGGGGUAGUGAGUUGCUGACGCGCGGGUUGUGUGGUCAUCAAAAAUUUAUACUGAACGCCACGCGUUGCACCAACGGCUACGUUCUGCGUGACCUAAAGCUGGCUUAGCAUGCAGUAUGCUGGCUGUUAAACGCCGACGCUAUGACAGCUAUGCGCGCCUAUUCGCAGACAGCGCGUCGUUAAGCGCAAAGUAUUUCUUGUCUAUUCCUUGUGAGUUAUUCCUUAUUUUAUACGUUUAUUUUUAUAUUUUUUUUAUUAUUUGCAAUUUUAUUUUCGUGUUUUGUACUUUUGUUUAAGACCCAUUAGACAAGCUGAAAAAUAUGUGAUCCAAGUCGUACUGUAGGUAGUUUAACUAGGAAGGAAUACACUAAUACAUAUAAAGCAUCUUAAGCGUAUACAACUAGCAUACUUAGGCACAAAUACAUAUACAUUUAUAAGCGCAUACUGCAUUAGUAUGUAUGCACUCUCGUAUUUAGUUAGCAGAUAUUCGUAAAUAGCGCUCAUUUUUUAUUAUUAUUUUUUCAUAGCUGAUAAAAUGUCAAUAUUGCGCAUUGAUUGCAAUCGCUUGUGUAUUUAAUUUAUUAUAGUUUUUUGUAUAAUUUUUUUAAUAUUUAUUUCAAUUUUUUUUUCUGCACACAGCACUUACCAGCGUACAUAUGCUUGUAUGUAUGCGCGUGUAGUUGCUAGAGUUUAGUCUUCGUUUUAGUUAACUCAUGUUUAGUGAUUUAUUGCAGAUGAAAACAACUUGCCAUAAAUUCCCGUAGCAAAACAAAACAUAUAAAAAACAAAAAAAAAGCAAAACAACAACAAGACAGCAGUUAAAAAACUAUUCGUAUUUGUAAUUUAGCAAAAGUGUUUUAUUCUUAAAUAUAUAUAUAUAUAUCUACAAAUCAUAUAAAAUAUACAACUGCUUAGUAUUAGCUACACAAGUUUGUUUGUAUGUCGUAACUUCAAUACUCAUAAGUAAUUGCAACAAGUCGAUAUUUUUUUCUAUACGGACCAUCAGUGUCCACGAUGCAAGCUAAUAAUUAUUUAUAUGUAGCAAUAAUUGUUUGAUUUAGCAUUAAUUUAAGCGGUAGACAAUUGAUUAGUGUUAAACGAGAUUAUUUAGAGACAAAAUCUUUACUUGUAAGUUUUAUCAGAUGAACGUGUUUUCGUCGACAAAAGCAUGCUUUGAAGAAACUUUAGGCGAACAAAUUUAUUUAGACAAAAAUUGGAAAGCAAAAUAUAUAUACAUAAAUCAGCGGUAAAUAAAUUUUACAUAAAUACAUAUCAAUAGUAAAUAAAACUUACUACAUAUUUUUAGUUAUAUGAAAUCACUACGCUUUCAUUUGCAAUUAUAAAUCAAUCGAAAAGUGGUUAUACUAAAAACACACAGGUAUUACUGACCUAACCCAGUGAUUCCGACAUUGGCAUCAGCAGCGCAUGAGUAUUAUUUUUAUGAGACCAGUGACUUGGAAUUUUGUUAUAGCUUAUACGGUGACAAUUUUUUUAAUUUGUAUCAAUUAUAUCAUAAGAACGAUAGAUAUUUUGCCAUUAUUAAAAAGCAAAUUCAAUUCCAUUAGCACGUGCUAAAAUUAUUCAACAACUGAGAAGAUAUCGUCACCUAAAAUGCAAAAUAACGUAACACCACUUUUCAUAGGUUGACAGGCAAAGGAACAACGAUAUAAUAGAAACCACGCACAUUGAAACAAAAUUUGAGUUUUGGUUAUAAAAUGGUGACAGAUUGGUUAUAUGUUGGUUAUAUGUCGGUUAUAUAUCGGUUACAUAUUGGUUAUAUGUCGGUUAUAUGUUGGUUAUAUAUUGGGUAUAUCUGACAGCGCAAGCUGAAAAUUUAAUGCUACAUACAUAUGUGCGAUAUGAUGUAAUGAAUCGUAAGCAAUAAAAAACUCAAUUUAGAUUUUUGUGAUGAUACGUUGUUUUGUUCUUAGAGCAUUAAACAAAAGAUCUCUCGUAUAACCAGUUAUUCAGCAUUCGAUACCUUACCCAACUAAUAGGUAUGAAAAAGGGUUGCUUUUGACACGACCUGCCACAAAUGGCAAGGAAAUGGAAAAUCUGACAGUUCACUUCUAUUAUAAAAAAAGCCACACAAUAAAUAAUGCGAAGUUGGUAAAAAAAACCCAACAACAUAGAUGAGCACCUGGAAAUAGCAGUAAAAGCUCGACCAAGCGGGAAUAAAAGUCAGUUACAUAAAGAACACAUAUAUCAUCGAACUUCAAAAAGACACUAUCUUAAAAAUUUCUUUAUGAAAAAUCAUUUCAAUUCAUCAAUCCGUAUAACCUCACUUCAGUUUACUUUCAUAGUGCUGGUAUGCAUGUAAAAAUGAAAUGUUAAAAAUUAUCCUAAAGACUUCGAAAUGGUCCCUAAAAAUUACCAAUCGUAUUUAGCGAGUGUUUAAACUUUGAAAAAAAACCAACAAUCUUGAGAUUUUUUUUUAAAUAUUUGAAUGUUUGUUUUUGGCUUAGGCGAACAUCAGAGAAAUUUGACAUAUGAGCUGGCUUUAAAUGUUAAAUAUAUCUAAAACAGAGAUAGAGAUAACGAUAGUUUCCACCAGCCUCAAAACAUCACUUGGAACGCGCAACUAGAGCAUGGAAAGAUUUUUUAUGUCAACACAGAAUGCGUUUUUCAUAUUGAUUUUCAGUUUUGUAAAUAAAAAAUAGUCACUUGGUUAUAAGUAGAUCAUGCGAAUACGGAGGUUGAUUGAUGAGAGAAAUCAGUGUUUUCAUCAAAACUCGUUCAUGUUUAUGGUCUUUCUUUAGAUCAUGUCAAAUAAACGCGUACAGACCUUCAUCUAAGCCAAAAUUUUAGUUAAAAUCGUCCAAAAACUGUUUUUAUUUGUAUUUAAACUCACUAGCUUCUGAACGACCUGGCCCAUGUUCGUCAUUUAAAUUGUCAGGAUCAUUUUUAAAUCGUACAAACCAGCUAAUUAAUUCUCGAAAUACUUUUAAGCUCCUUCAGCACAUUUUGUUUUAUGUGAUGUGAUCGACUGAAAACGUGUUCCACGGAGCGGCAAUUGCAGUUUGAGGAACAAAAAAAGAAUGACAAAAAGUCAAAUCUGCUGAAUUCGGUGGUUGAUCAAUGAAAUUAGUUGCAUUUUUGGCAUAAAACUCGGUCACAAUCGUAGCUCGCUGAGAUAGUGCAUUAUCACCGUGUAAGAUCUAUGAAUCGUUCUACCACAAUUCCAGCCGUUUUUGACAGAUGUUCUUACGCAAACGCCCCAAUAUGGCCAAUUAGAACUCCUUAUGGACCGUCUGUCCCUCCGGAACAAACUCAUGAUGCACCAAAUCAUGAAUAUCGAAAAAAGCAAUGAGCUUCACCUUGAUUUUUCAGGUUUUUAUGGUUUCGACUCGUUUUUGUUCCCUCCAUUCCGAUGAUUGUUAGCUUGUUUGCAUGUCAUACUUAUAAAUCCAUGUCUCAUCGACAGUUCCAUGAAUUUGGGAUUGGAUUUCACUUAGCAAAAUACAUUUUUUUAAAUAACAUUCACCCGAGAUUUAAUUACAAUUUCCGGUUGCUUUUUUGUCACAAUUUAUAUGAAGUUACCUUCUUAAUGCUGUUUGCUGGAUAAUGCUGAACGUUGUAUGAUUUAGGUAUGAAGUGCGGUUAUUUUUGGAAUAAACGUUGUACGAUGACAUGAUAUGGUCUACAGGAACUUUAUUUGCUAAUAUACUUAUUGUUUCAGAGAUUUGAAAUAGUUUUAUAAAUAUUUUUUUCAACAGUAGGAAUUUUCAAAUAUUUGUGGGAAGCUAAAAUCAGAAGCGACCCUAUGGUAUUGAGAUAGCUGCGAAAUUCGAUUGCUUUGAGUUAAGGGGAUAUGAUCUAGAUUUUCUGUGCUUUAUCACCUUUUACGUACGUAUAUCAAUUCUGAUAACCUUUGAAUUAACCUUACACACCUUUGGUGACCAGUUUGAAGUAGAAGACUUUGUUCAAGGUUAUAAAAAAUGUUUAUUGAAUAAAAAAUUACAAUCUGUAUAUAAUGAAAAUUAACACAUUAAUGGCCAUUAUUUGUAAAAAUGAAAGUUACAUUAUAAAAGCUAAAUAAUUAUUAAAAAAAUUAUUAAAAAUAAAAUGUAAGAGCCGCGGUUAGUAAAUAUCGAAAGUAGUAUAACUAAAUAUGUAAAUAUAUCUAAAUAUAAUAUAAAUAUAUUUUAAUAGUUGAAUAAAUAAAGACAAAACAUUCGAGCAUUUAUUGCCAGCCGCAAUAUUUCCUAUAAAAGGUAUCAACUGCUACCUUGAAUUGUUCCUUUUUUUAAAUAAAUGAAGAAAAACUCAAAUAUUUACAACAAAAACAAAAACUCGAACGAACUUGUUGUUAAGAGCUAACACGAAAUGCUCAAAUUUAUAACUUAUUUAUUUGUACUAAUUCUAGUAAUAUAAGUAAUUUAGUUAACAUGAAGUUCGAAAUAUUUCAAGCAAAUACGAUAACUGUAAAACUUAUGCCACUAAAGUAGACAUCACAAUAUGAACUAUUUAAAUAUAUAAGCAAUUGUUUGCGAAAUUAGUCUAAAUGUCCGAGCGAUAUUAUGUAAAUAUUGUUGUAUAUACUUAAAAUAUAAUAAUUUACCAUCAUUUGUCUCUUAAUAAAUGAAGUCAAUAAUGAGUUGAAAUAUUAUAAUUAAUUACAAAAUAAAACAAACAACGAACGAAAACAAUCAAAUUGGUUUUAUUGCAUUAUCUUACUUUGUAAGAGCGAUGGAUGUAAGUGAUCUACUUAUUUGGUAUUUAUUGUGUACUUGGGUUGGUACACCUACACUG